AUGAAGAGGAAGACCGAUACUUCGUUCAUCGCUCUGCUCACUGCUGGACUGCUGUUCUCCGUAGCAUCAGCUCAGUCAGGCAAUGCCUCUACCAGCUACAAGACUCGCUUCCCAGGCGUUACCUGGGAUGCUGCUAACUGGGUCCUCUCCACCACCAACCUCGACCCAGGACACUACCAGUCCCGGGCGACAGUCGCCAACGGCUAUCACGGCAUCAAUGUAGCCGCUCUCGGUCCGUUCUUCGAAGUUGACACGUCAGUUGCCGGUGACGACAUCAAUGGCUGGCCUCUUUUCGGUCGACGGCAAACGUUCGCGACUGUCGGCGGCUUCUGGGACUCGCAACCAAAGCUCAAUGGCACAAAUUUCCCCUGGCUCAAUCAGUAUGGCUGGGAUACUGCCAUCAGUGGGAUCCCCCAUUGGGGAGGUCUAGUCGUGGACCUGGGUGGAAAUAACUUCCUCGCUGCCUCGACGAACAAAUCCACCAUCAGCAACUUCAAGUCGAGUCUGGACAUGAAGAAUGGUCUCAUGAACUGGGCGUUCACAUGGAAGCCAAAUGGCGAUCAUGGCUCAUUCGACGUGUCGUACCAGAUGUUUGCUCACCGACUCAAUGUGAACCAAGGCUUCGUCACUAUGAACAUAACAGCCACGAAAGCCACCAAUGUCAGCAUUGCCAAUGUUCUCAAUGGAGACUGCGCGGUGCGGACCACAGUCGGUCAAAACGGCAUGGACUCGGCAAACGCGAACCUCAUAUUCACCUCUGUUUCGCCGAAUGGUGUCAGCAACGUGACCGCGUGGGUGUAUGCCGCUGUCUCGCAAACUGGUGCAAAUGUCAGCUCCGGCCAGUCAGGCUCUUUGGAUCGACCGUACGUCGGCAACAACGCGUCGUCAAUCGCUUCCAUGUACGAGAUGCACCUGCAGGCUGGCAAGAUGGCGACAAUCACAAAAUUUGUGGGCAUUGCAUCAUCUGAUGGAUAUGUCCAGCCUCGUGCAGUCGCAAGAGAUGCAGCACUCAAGGCAGCAGAAGCUGGGUACAGCGCAUCGUUGCAAAGUCACAUCGCCGAGUGGAAUGCCAACUUCCCUACGACUUCGGUGGACGACUUUUCAUAUCCCCAGAAUGGAAGUUUACCAGAUGACCCAUACAUUAUCGAGGCAGCUAUUGCAGCAGUGGCCAAUCCAUACCAUCUGCUGCAGAACACGAUAUCUGAAAACGCAUUUAUCGCGUCCAACAACGCCUCAAUCAACAGCCACAGCAUCGCGGUUGGCGGGCUGGGAUCAGACUCGUACGCCGGCCAGAUCUUCUGGGACGCCGAGAUCUGGAUGCAGCCGGGCCUUGUCGCAGCAUUCCCAGCAUCGGGUCAAGGUAUCGCCAAAUAUCGCACGGAACGGUACCAACAAGCACUCGCGAAUGUCAAGACCGCCUACCAGUCUUCGAAGAACAAAACGCACUUCUCGUCGAAUGCCGCCAUCUUCCCAUGGACAAGCGGCCGUUUCGGCAACUGCACGGCCACCGGCCCCUGCUGGGAUUACGAGUAUCACAUCAACGGCGACAUUGGCUUGGAAUUCACAAAUUACUGGGUGGCCUCCGGAGACACGUCGUUCUUCCGGGAUUCACUGUAUCCAAUCUACGACUCGGUGGCGACGCUGUAUUCCGAACUCCUGGUCAAGAACGGCUCGAACUGGGCACUGCGCAACAUGACCGACCCCGACGAAUACGCCAACCACGUGGACAACGGCGCCUUCACGAACGCCCUGAUCAGCCAACAUCUCACCCAGGCCAACGCCUUCCGCACCAUGUUCAACGGCACGCCCAACGCGACAUGGGACGUACAAGCGGACAACGUGCUGAUCGCCAAGGAUGCCGAAGCCGACAUCACGCUCGAGUACGUGGGGAUGAACGGCAGCGUCGCCGUCAAGCAAGCCGACGUCAUCCUCAACACGUUCCCCCUCGGCUUCACCGGCCAGAACUACACCUCCGAAGACAGCCUCACCGACCUGGACUACUACGCGGCCAAGACGGCGACCAACGGACCCGCCAUGACAUACGCCAUGUUCAGCAUCAUCGCGAACUCGGUGUCUCCAUCCGGCUGCUCGUCGUACACCUACCAGCAGGCCUCGACGUACCCGUACCUCCGGGGUCCGUGGUUCCAGUUCUCCGAGCAACUGGUCGACAAUUACCAAGCCAACGGCGGCACGCACCCGGCGUACCCUUUCCUCACAGGCCACGGCGGAAGCAACCAAGUCGUGCUGUUCGGCUACCUGGGCCUUCGUUUCGUCCCGGACUUCAAUCUGCACGUCGACCCGAGCCUGCCGCCGCAGAUCCCGCAGAUCAAGUACCGCACAUUCCACUGGUACGGCUGGCCGAUCAGCGCGUACUCCAACCAGACGCACACGGUCCUCAGCCGGGACGGCAGCCUGUCGCCCGCCGAGGGCGCCGUGCCCAACGCCACGUACGCGAACACGCCGAUCCCCGUGCUCGUGGGACCGAUCGGGAGCCCGCCACGCCAGAAGCUCAGCCUCGCCGCCAAUUCGAGCAUCACGAUCGAAAACAGGCAGAUCGGGCAGCUCAAGACCACGCCAAACAACCUCGCGCAGUGUCUGCCCGUCAGUUCGCCGGACGAGUUCCUGCCGGGCCAAUUCCCGAUCGCGGCCGUCGACGGCGCCGCCAGUACAAAGUGGCAGCCCGCCCUGGCGAACCGCACCGCGAGCAUCACGGUGAGUCUGCCGCAGGGAUACCGCGUGACUGGGAUGCAGUUCGACUGGGCGCAGGCGCCGCCGUGGAAUUACUCGGUCCUGUUCCACAACGGCACGCUGAAGAAUCCGAGCGCCGCGAGUGCCGGCUCGAGUGGGCAGCCCGGCGUGCUGGAAGUCGCGAGCAAUGACCGGCUGAAAAUCACCAAUGCGUACAACGCGACGGAGAUUCUGAACAUCGGGCCCUUGGAGAGCAAUAUCACCAUGUUCAACGUGCCGGCCGCACGAAAGGUGUACACGGCGAAGUAUGCGACGCUGCAGAUCUGGGGCAGUCUGGCCAAUGGGACGGCGACGGCGAAGAACAUGGCUGGCGCAGGCGCGACAGUGGCGGAGUGGAGCAUCAUUGUCGAAGGGCUGGAGGACGGUAGUACCAGUGCCGGUAGUUACAAGAGGGAGUUGGGCGGGAACCUGAGGCCGAGAGAAGCCAAUGUCGAUGUCUUGAUGAAAUUGGGUCGUGUGGCGAGGUAUAUGGAGGUCCGGAGGGGGAUGGAGAUGGGAAUGUCAAUGUGA